UUUUUAAGCGCAGCAGUUAGACUUAGGUUGCGAGCGAUCGCGAGGCGUCGCGGCGGUGGACUUCCUCGACAGCGUCGGGGCGCUGAACGGGACCCACGGACGACUUCCGCGGACCGGUGCCAGCGCCCCCGGUCCACGACGGACGCGACGCGGCCUCCGCACCUUGCGCCCUCGGCCAGCCCUACACCGCCGCGGCCCCGUCUCCUCGGUGGCGCGGGUCCGCGACAGCGGCGGCGCCUGCGUCCCUUUCUCGCGUCUCGGACGGCAUCAGUCGGAGCGCUGCGGGCACCCAACAGACGACGUCCGCGGACCAGUGCCCGCGCCCGGUCGGCACGACGGACGCGACGCGGCCUCCGCAUCUCACGCCCUCGGCCAGCCCUACACCGCCGCGGCCCCGUCUCCUCGGUGGCACGGGCAUCCGCGAUCGCGGCGGCGCCUGCGUCCCUUUCUCGCGUCUCUCAGACGGCAUCGGUCAUCGCCCGCGACCGCACAAGCCUUGUCUGCAGCGCGCAACUGCCCCGGGCUGGCGCACUCACCCCGCGGGCGGGCAGCUCGUACGUCGCCGGCCGCGCGCGAUUCGGGCCGCUCCGCCGUCGCCGCCGCAAACGCGCCCGGUCAGCAAUGCGUACGGUCUCGUACUACAUCAGGUCCGAUGCCGCGACCUGUAGCCGCCGCGCGCCGCCGCAUCGCAAACACAGCAAACUUGCACCGCUCCUCUCGCCGCCGCCGCCGCGCUGCUUUGGCCAAGAAUUGUUGGAGACGUCGGACCUAUAUAUCCGUCGACCAUACUAAGAGCUCGCGCCCUGCCGUGCCGCGCGCGGCGAGCUGCGGGGCCAAUCGGCGCCGUCUGCUG